GCUAAGCUAAGAUUAUCAAUUUAUAAACGGCUAUGAAUAAAAGUGGUGUACUGUUCAAUGAUAACCACAAGCAUUAAGCAAAACAUGUGGUUUCAAAUAAUGUGACUUCAGUAUCAUAAACCAUUCUUGCAUCUCACUUAUUUAGUUCUAUGCUAAACGCCUAAACUUCAAGAGUUCUUAAAGCUUGCAUAAUUCGCAUUGGAUACCAAGAAACAAUAUGGAGAAGAUUCAUGUGGUUUCCGUCCCAUACCCAACUCAGAGUCACAUAAGUGCCAUGAUGAAGCUAGCAAAGAUUCUUCAUUUCAGAGGCUUUCAUAUAACCUUUGUAAACACAGAAUUCAAUCAUCAACGCCUGCUGAAUUCAAGGGGACCAGAUUCACUUACCGGCUUGCCUGAUUUUCGUUUUGAAACAAUCCCUGACGGUCUUCCACCUCCAGUCAAUCCAAAUGCUAGCCAAGAUUUCAUAGCCCUCUCCAUCUCCAUACAAAAGAAUGGCUUAGAACCCUUUCGGAAUCUCAUACACAAACUCAACGAUAACAAGUAUUCAAAUGUCCCACCUGUGAGCUUUAUAGUUUCUGAUAGUUUUAUGAGCUUCACUCUACAAGCAGCUAAAGAGUUCGGAAUCCCUGAAAUGUUAUACUGUCCAAUUAGCUUCUGUGCUUUCGCAUGUUUUCCGCACUUUCCCCAUCUCAUCCAAAGAGGCCUCGUUCCACUUAAAGAUGAGAGCUGUUUUACAAACGGCUAUUUAGACACACAAAUUGACUGGAUACCGGGGAUGAAAGAUAUUAGAUUUAGAGAUCUCCCAAGUUUUGUUCAAACUACAGAUCCAAAUGCUCCCUUUCUCCAUGCUUCAAUGAUAGAAAUGGGAAGAACUUACGAUGCUACGGCCCUUAUUUUCAAUACCUUUGAUGCGCUGGAGGUGGAGGUUCUGGAUGCAUUCAAGUCUCAAUUGUCAUUGCCUCCUAUUUAUGCAGUUGGUCCUCUUCAAUUACUCCUCAAUCAGAUUCCACAAAGUGAGUCACUGUCUCUUGGAUCAAAUCUCUGGAAAGAAGACACCCAGUGUCUAAACUGGAUUGAUUCCAAAGAACCAAACUCGGUCGUCUACGUCAAUUUCGGCAGCAUCACUGUUAUGACUACCCAACAACUCGUCGAAUUCGCAUGGGGACUAGCUAACAUCAAGCAUAACUUAUUAUGGACUAUAAGACCCGAUCUGGUAGUUGGUGAUUCGGAGAUACUGCCGCCUGAAUUCUUAGAAGAAAUCAAGGGAAGAGGACUGCUUACGAGUUGGCGUCCGCAAGAAGAUGUCUUAAAUCACUCAUCUGUAGCUGGAUUCUUAACACAUUGUGGUUGGAAUUCUACACUAGAAAGCUUAAGCGUGGAGUCCCUGUAAUGUGUUGGCCGUUUGUAGGAGACCAGCAAACAAACUGCGGGUACUCAUGUCAUCAUUGGGGAGUCGGCAUGGAGAUCGAUAGCAAUGUGAAAAGGGAUGAAGUUGAGAGGGUGGUUCGUGAAUUAAUGGAAGCCGAGAAAGGUAAAAACAUGAAGAAAAGAGCCAUGGAGUGGAAGAAGAAAGCAGAAGAGGCAACUUCAGCUGGUGGCUCCUCUUCUGCUAAUAUGGACAAGAUUGUAAAUGAGAUACUUGUUAGGAAAAUCACAGACCAAUAAAACUUCGAUUGUCAGGAAUCCGGCCGGUAGAAAGAACUGCUUUACUAGCUUGCAAAGAAAGAUCUAAAUACACUAGGAGUAGGACGAUUAUUACAUGCUCUUGUAAUUCUUAACAAUAAAUACUACAAGGCUUAUUGCUAAGGCUUAUUGCUAAGGCUUAUUGCUAUGCACAAGGUUAAAAGAUGUUGUUUGACA